CACACCAUUUCCACACUGAAUAGAAACCAUUGUUCAAAUAGUUAUCACAUGCAUUGAUCAUAUGAUCACGAUUGUUACCAUCAAUCCAUCAUCAUUGUUUAUCAUCAAAAAUGGCUUCAUCUUUGAUAAAAAGAUUAACCAGUCCAAUUCAACUUUGUACCAACUUGGUCGCAUCGAUACUGAAUCGUAAUCCGGUCAAUUUACAGCAACAAAGAAAUGUAAUCUAUUUCACUCAUAGUCAAGGAAAAUUCCGUUCGAAUAAAGCAGUGUUACGACGUUUUUAUCGAUUGAAUUGGGGUGCCUGGAUACGACCACGUGCUGGCCGUCAUAAACAUCUUUGGCGAAAACCUUACUAUCUUCGUUGGUGGGCUAAACAGCACGUAUUCUGUACUGAUGAACAAAAUAAAGUUCUUGAACAAAUGGUUUCGGCUCGUUACAAAAAACCAACUUAUUUUGUCGAUGAUCCUUAUGAACCAUAUCAAAAGCGUCAUAACCUAGUUUAUGUUCCAUUGGGCAAAAAUCGCAUUUCUCGUAGUUAUAUGCAGGCUCUUCUCGACAAAUGAUCCUGUAUCCAUUAAUUGUUUUCAUAAUUCUAUAGUUAUAAUAAUUAAUUUG